AUGUUAAGGAUACUGAUUAAGAUGAAAAUGUUAUUUUAUCAAAGGUUAGUAGAUAAUUAAUAUACAUAAUUUAGAUGUAUAAUUAAAUAAGACGGAAAAUUACAAUUGGUGGUUGGUAAGGCAGAACCAAUUCAAUUUAUAGAAGAGAAAGUAUCUAUACUCAAUCCUAAGACAAAUUAAAUGCAAAGGAAAAUAUAAGAUGUUCAAAUUGAAUCAUGA